AUUCAUGAAGGCAGUACUGAAGACCAGCCUUCAGGGCGGCAACAGAGAGACAUCAGGGGUGCCGGGUCUACGCACACGUACCAGGUCACGGCCAGGCCGAGGGGGUCGUGUACAACAGGCACCGAUACCCCCCGCUGCGAUGGGGGUGGAGUCUCAGAGGUCAGGUGACGAUGAGGCUGAUGAGAUCAUGGAUCGCAUCGUGAGGUCAGCCACUCAGGGCCCCAGUCAGAGGGCAGUGCCCCGGGAGAGGAGGAGGUCAAGAGCCAACCGCAAAUCACUGAGACGGACACUGAAGAGCGGUCUGACGCCAGAAGAGGCCCUACUCCUCGGACUCUCCGACGCCGCCGAGAUGCCGGUGUGACAUCAUCGCCCCCCGCCACGGCGAUUUGGAGCGCCAUGGAAACACACCCUGGAACACCUCCGUGACCCCCCCCAUGUCACGCUUCUGCCUUCACUUCGACCCCGCCCCCAGAACCCUCCGUCAGCCAAUCAGUAGCCUUGUUAGUAGCUUAUGUUGUACCGGUAGCGAAUCACGCGUUAGCUUCUUGUGUCUGUGGUUGAUAAUCUUUGUUGAGGUGUGUCUUCAGAAGCCCCUCAAGGAAAGGGUCAGGGAAUGAAGGAGAGAAAAGGGAGAUAAUCUUUUGUUAGAAAUGUAUUUUGUGGAAAAAAGUCUCAACAUGAUGGAAGUUGGUUGAAUGAGAAUGAAUCUUAACGUUUGUCAUUUUCAACAUGCCUCUCGAUUGGAGACGGAUUCAUCACGUUGAUAGGUUGAUUUUCAACAGGCCUCUCGAUUGGAGACUGAUUCAUCACGCUGAUAGGUUGAUUUUCAACAGGCCUCUUCGAUUGGAGACGGAUUCAUCACGUUGAUAGGUUGAUUUUCAACAGGCCUCUUCGAUUGGGGACGGAUUCAUCUCGUUGAUAGGUUGAUUUUCAACAGGCCUCUUCGAUUGGGGACGGAUUCAUCUCGUUGAUAGGUUGAUUUUCAACAGGCCUCUUCGAUUGGAGACGGAUUCAUCUCGUUGAUAGGUUGAUUUUCAACAGGCCUCUUCGAUUGGGGACGGAUUCAUCUCGUUGAUAGGUUGAUUUUCAACAGGCCUCUUCGAUUGGAGACGGAUUCAUCUCGUUGAUAGGUUGAUUUUCAACAGGCCUCUUCGAUUGGGGACGGAUUCAUCUCGUUGAUAGGUUGAUUUUCAACAGGCCUCUUCGAUUGGGGACGGAUUCAUCUCGUUGAUAGGUUGAUUUUCAACAGGCCUCUUCGAUUGGGGACGGAUUCAUCUCGUUGAUAGGUUGAUUUUCAACAGGCCUCUUCGAUUGGGGACGGAUUCAUCUCGUUGAUAUGUUGAUUUUCAACAGGCCUCUUCGAUUGGAGACGGAUUCAUCUCAUUGAUAGGUUGAUUUGUAUUUAUAGAUUUUUGUUUAUUUAACUGUUACAGCCUAUAAAUAUGAAACAAAGAAAGGGAGAAUAGAUGUUGCUUGCUGCAAGCGAUGUGUUACUCAAGUACCUACAGCCUGUAUAACCUUUAAAAAUAAUCAUUUAAGCUGUGAACUGCAGAGUUUAAGAACAGAAUAAAGUUCGACUCGUUUGUCCAUCCUCUCAUAGUAAAGAGUGGGGUCGUAACCUGGGACAAAGGCGUUUGAGCAGGCAUUCUAUUAGACUGACGAUCAUUCAAUAACUAUUAUGCUGUUACAUAGUGAUUCAAUCAUUUCUUUCUAAUUACAUACACUCCUACACGCCCUGCUUUUGUAGUCUAAUAGA